AUGCGACGACCUUUCCGAGAUGACGGCAAUGACUUUCCAUUGAAAAGGCUUAUCUAUAACAAGAAAAGCAAGAUCACUGAGGCUAUGUACAAAACCGUGGCGCAAUCGCACGACAAAAUCAUCAAAGGUGCCUCCAACUUGAGCGAGAACGAAACCAGACCGUGGCUAAGAGAAAUU